AUCUAUCCCGGAGCAGUGGAGCUCAUGCAGGUCAUAGAGGAAUUCAUCCACAUCGUUGGAUUGGGCAUGAAGGAUUUUCACAAUGCCUAUUUGAUGACUGGGAACCUGGUGGCCAGCAUCCAGAGACUUCCAGCUGUGUCUGUGAUGACUGAUAUCAACUUCCCCAUGAAGGGUCGUAAAGGCAUGGUUGACUGGGCCAGGAACUCCGAAGAUAAAGUGGUCAUCCCAAAGGGCCUCUUUGUUUCCCAGUCAGCAGAUAUGGAAGGAUCGCCUGUCUUCAUUUUGGGAACAGUUCUCUACAAGACUCUUGGACUCAUGCUACCUUCACCAAAGAACCACACAGUUGUGAACUCCAAGGUCAUUGCUGUGACUGUGAGACCUGAGCCGAAGGCAACGGAGUCCCACCUGGAGAUUGAACUGGCUCACCUGGCAAAUGGAACAACAAACCCUUACUGUGCACUGUGGGACAGCACCAUAAUGAACGAUUCUUGGGGAGCCUGGUCCACAAAAGGAUGUAAAACGGUGCUUACAGAUGCAUCACAUACAAAAUGCUUAUGUGAUCGUGUAUCUACCUUCGCCAUUUUGGCUCAGCAACCAAGAGAAAUAACCAUGGAGUACUCAGGGGUCCCAUCUGUGACAUUGAUAGUUGGCUGUGGUCUGUCCUGCCUCGCCUUGAUCACGUUGGCAGUGAUCUAUGCCGUGCUAUGGAGAUAUAUCCGAUCUGAACGAUCCAUCAUCCUGCUCAACUUCUGCUUAUCUAUAAUCUGCUCAAAUAUAUUGAUCCUUGUUGGACAAACACAGACCCACAAUGUGGGAGUCUGCAUCAUGACAACAGCCUUUCUGCACUUCUUCUUCCUGGCAUCGUUCUGCUGGGUCCUCACAGAGGCCUGGCAGUCCUACAUGGCAGUGACGGGAAAGGUCCGGACCAGGCUCAUCCGCAAGCGCUUUUUGUGUCUGGGCUGGGGAUUACCAGCUUUAGUGGUUGCUGUUUCAAUGGGAUUCACCAAAACAAAGGGCUAUGGGACACCCUUAUACUGUUGGCUGUCUUUGGAGGGUGGGCUUCUGUAUGCCUUUGUUGGACCUGCAGCUGCUGUUGUUCUGGUCAACAUGGUGAUCGGUAUCUUGGUGUUUAAUAAACUAGUGUCCAGAGAUGGCAUACUGGACAAGAAGCUGAAGCAUCGAGCAGGACAGAUGAGUGAGCCGCAUACAGGAUUAACUCUCAAGUGUGCCAAAUGUGGUGUUGUAUCAACAACUGCUUUAUCAGCAACAACAGCUAGCAAUGCAAUGGCGUCGCUGUGGAGUUCCUGUGUCGUCCUACCUCUGCUGGCUUUGACCUGGAUGUCUGCGGUGCUCGCCAUGACAGACAAGCGCUCCAUCCUCUUUCAGAUCCUCUUUGCUGUCUUUGACUCUCUGCAGGGUUUUGUCAUUGUGAUGGUGCACUGUGUCCUACGGAGAGAGGUCCAAGAUGCUUUCAGAUGUCGGCUCAGAAACUGCCAAGACCCAAUCAGUGGUGAUGCAACAGGAACCUUCCCUAAUGGGCAUGCUCAGAUAAUGACGGACUUUGAGAAAGAUGUGGACAUCGCCUGCCGAUCAGCACUCCACAAAGACAUGGGCUCUUGUCGGGCCGCCACCAUAACAGGCACCCUCUCCCGCAUUUCCCUCAAUGAUGAGGAGGAUGAGAAGGCCCCUGAGGGCCUCAACUACUCCACGUUGCCUGGCAACAUCAUCUCCAAAGUGAUUAUCCAGCAGCCUUCAGCUCUGCACAUGCCGAUGGGAGUGGGUGAGCUGAAAGAGCAGUGCAUGGUUGACAGCAACGCUGACAUGCGCCGCACUGUUUACCUUUGCACUGAUGAUGCCAUGCGCCAGAGCGACCAUGACAUGGUUGGCCAUGACAUGGAGGGCCACUCAGUGCAGGGCCAGAUGAUGGAGACAGACUACAUAGUCAUGCCUCGUGCCUCUGCAGCAGCACUGUCGGGGUCCUGUAACACGUCCACCCUUCAGAGAGAGGACACCAAGAUGAACAUCACUAUGGAUACGCUGCCACACGAGAGGCUGAUGCAUUACAAGAUGAGUCCUGAUUUCAAUAUAAGCCCGUCAGGCAUGGACCACAUGAAUGUGAACCUGGAGCAGCAGUAUCCUAGCGCUCCAGAGCAGAUGCAAAACCUGCCCUUUGAACCCCGCACGGCUGUUAAGAACUUCCUCGCUGAGAUGGAGGAAUCGGCGGGGCUUUCUAGGAGUGAGACAGGGUCUACAAUAUCUAUGAGCUCCUUAGAGAGACGAAAGUCAAGAUAUUCUGAUUUGGACUUUGAGAAAGUCAUGCACACCAGGAAAAGACACAUGGAGCUGUUCCAGGAACUGAAUCAGAAAUUUCAAACCCUGGACCGAUUUCGAGACAUACCAAAUAUGGGCAGCAUGGACAAGGCAAUGCCAAACAAGAACCCAUGGGAGAGCUACAAUCCAGCCUGUGAGUACCAGAAUUACGCCACUAUGAAUGUACUAGAAUCUGACACCAAGGACUCACUGGAGAUGACGCCUGCAGAGUGGGAGAAGUGUGUCAACUUACCCUUAGACGUCCAGGAGGGAGAUUUCCAAACAGAGGUCUAGAGGGUGACGAAGGAGAAAAUGCAAACUAGGGAAGGAGGAGAAAAGGAUGUAUUUUGCACUGAAUAAAGCAACAGACUUUUCUAACAGCCUUGGCAUACAUAUCGGGAAAAUACGAGUGUGGCAGGGACAUUAUGUGCCAAUACGAUUUAUGGACUGAGGAGAGACAAAAAAGAAAAAAGGGAAAAAAACAUCAGUGUUACUUUUUGUAUUCUCACUAGUGUACUUAGUGUGGGGCAGCCUGGUGUACAAUAUUUACCAUCAUGUGUUUCAAAUUAUCUGUUGAGGAAUUGGCUAAAAAAGGUAACUCUCUAGAUGAAACCUCACAAAGCAAAUGACAUGCCAUGUCGUCCCAGCUUCGUUGGGUCUAGUUUUGAUUUCAUAAAACUGGACCCAGGAGCACAAUGUAUAUAUUUAUGCAGGUUUUUAAAAAGUUUAUAACAGUCUGUUUGGCCAUUACUACACUUUUUACUUUAUAAUAUAAAACAUGGGAGGCAAAGAGGAUUUUUUCGGUCAUAUUAAAAUGAAUGUUUGUCAAGCUACAUUCUUCAUUGCUUUAAAUGCAAUAAAGAUAAUACUCACUUUUAUAUAAAUAAUAUAUUUCACAACUUUAAUACUGCAGAAUCUGCUUGAAGGAUCCCAGCAAGCUCUCUCAUCUGCAGCUCUGUAUAAAAUAUUUAAAAACAAAAUGUUGUAUGGUGUAAAUAAACUUUUGUCUACAUAUGUUUUACUUGUGCCAAUUUAUUUUAAUGAGAACAAAUGCCAACCUGAUCAAAAGUUAUAGCGAAAAAUGUUAACAUUUGAAAAGGAAUGUAAAUAAAAGAGGAAAUAUGUUCGUACUGCUUCA